CCAGCUUUGUCCGUGUACAAGUACGAACUAUUACUUACCAAAACUGUGCAAUGUUUGUGUUCUGAAGUGAGAAAGACAAAGUCAAAGACUUGCUGUUGAUUUGGUGUCGUCAGUCGGCGCCCUCCUCCUUCGAAGAUGAAGCCGCUUAUGCUGCACGGGCAUGAGCGUUCCAUAACCCAGAUCAAAUACAAUAGGGAUGGAGACCUGUUGUUCUCCACGGCGAAGGACCCCCGCCCAACCGUAUGGUUUUCUCAGAAUGGAGAGCGUCUCGGAACGUUUGAGGGACACAAUGGUGCCGUUUGGUGCGUCGAUGUCAGUUGGGACAGUCGUCUUGUGUUGACUGGAGCUGCAGACAGUACUGCCAGGAUAUGGAAUUGCGAAACAGGUACUCAGCUCCAUGAACUCAAGACGUUCUCUGCUGUCAGAGCCUGCGGCUUCUCCUAUUCCGGCUCGCAGGUCCUCAUUUCCACUGACUCGCAGAUGGGAAAGCCGUGCGAGCUCUCAAUCUUCGAUAUCAACAGGACUGACAAGGCCAUCUCAACAGUCACUAUGCCCAGUGGUCAGAAAAUCACAGCCGCCCUUUGGGGACCACUUGACCAGUUUGUAAUCACCGGUCAUGAAGAUGGAUCCAUUCGUCACUACAGCAUCGAUGGUAAACUAUUGCACCAGACACGGCCACACACCAAAGCCAUCAACAGUAUCCAGAAUUCUCUGGACUCGACGAUGAUCAUCACAGCAUCGAAAGACAACACUGCCAAGUUGUUCGAUUCCAGCACACUGGAGCACCGGAAAACAUAUAAGACCGAGCGACCUGUCAAUAGUGCUGCCUUGUCGUCUUUGAAGCAUCAUGUUGUACUUGGUGGUGGUCAGGAAGCUAUGGAUGUCACAACCACAAGUACUCGCAUUGGAAAGUUUGAUGCCAGGUUCUUCCACAUGGUCUUCGAAGAGGAGAUUGGUCGAGUCAAGGGACAUUUCGGUCCCAUCAACUCUGUUGCGUUUCAUCCCAGCGGCAAGAGCUACUGCAGUGGUGGAGAAGAUGGUUACGUUCGCAUCCACUCAUUUGACUCAUCCUACUUUGAUUUUGAUUUUGAACACUGAUUGCAUCAUAGAGAACGGUUUUUAUUGCUCGGACACGAACAUUGGAGAAAAGAGUGCUUUGCUUGCUUUUGAGAGCGUGUACGUCUGUGUGCAUGUGAACUUUGGUGUUUGUGGGACUGGAGCUGUCGAGGGUGUGGAAGAAGUGGUGUAUGCAUGUUGCUGCUACACUCACUUUAUGGCUACACACUUGCUGCUUGGCUGGUGCUUUCUUGUCCGUGUUGGACAAUUGGUGUUUGGGAGGUCACCUGACUGUGCAGCCAGCACACAAGCCGUUCAUAUGGUAUUGCACUCCGGUUCUCUGGAUCAACAUCCAUUCCACCAUCCUGAAAUGAUGAGCUCGCUCGAAUGGAA